GCAAAUUGUAUUCCAUAAAAAAAUGAAAAAAUUUCUUUGAGAAUUCCUCAUUAUACGGAAUAACCCACAACUCGUCUUCUCACCCUUUUAUUUCACACGUUGAAAUUCUCUUUACAGAUUGGCCUUUCCUCUCUCCCUCCGGAAAGAAGGAAAAAGAGGGAAGAAUAAUUUCUCUCCACUUCUUUCUACGAAUUAAUUCAAUCUCAUUUUUCUAUUAUCCAUUAAUUAACAAUCAAUCGAUUUAAUUCCAUUUAUUCGUGUGUGAUUUCUCGGAUCCUCUUGUUUUUUGACAUCUCUUGUGGUGUUUGAUCCGAGGAAAUCAUGUCGUACGCUUACCUCUUCAAGUACAUUAUCAUCGGUGACACAGGUGUUGGGAAGUCAUGUCUGCUUCUGCAGUUCACUGACAAACGCUUUCAGCCAGUGCAUGACUUGACCAUUGGUGUUGAGUUUGGAGCCAGAAUGAUUACAAUCGACAAUAGACCAAUAAAGCUCCAAAUUUGGGACACGGCUGGGCAAGAGUCAUUCAGGUCCAUUACAAGGUCUUACUACAGAGGUGCUGCUGGGGCCCUGCUGGUGUAUGACAUCACAAGGAGGGAAACUUUUAACCACCUUGCCAGUUGGUUGGAGGAUGCUAGGCAGCAUGCAAAUGCAAACAUGACCAUAAUGCUGAUAGGUAAUAAGAGUGAUCUGGCUCACAGAAGAGCUGUAAGCACUGAGGAAGGAAAACAAUUCGCAAAGGAGAAUGGAUUGAUAUUUAUGGAGGCGUCCGCCAAAACAGCUCAGAAUGUGGAGGAGGCAUUCAUAAAUACUGCCUCAACAAUUUACAAGAAGAUUCAGGAUGGAGCUUUCGACGUGUCUAAUGAGUCGUAUGGAAUCAAAGUAGGAUAUGGGGGUAUUCCGGGAACUUCAUCUGGAAGAGAUGGUGCCGUCUCACAAGGAGGAGCUUGUUGUAGCUGAAAGUCGGAAAAUUGAUUCGUUAGACGCGUGUCUUUUGAGUGGUCUUGAUAGUAUUCUCAUUGCAAGGUGGCCGUUCUUUUGUUUUCAAUUCUUUUGUUUAUCAUUAUUGUACCUCUGUUCUUGACAUACCCAACAAUGAAAUAUGCUAAAAAGGUACAUAUUAUGGAUAUUGAGGGACUUUUCAAUUUUCAUUACAUUCUCAAUGUAAGCUCAUCGCGCUUGUUUGUUGGUAACUCAUAUAUUGAAUUCAGUUUUGGGAAGCCAAAUACUUAUAUAGGAAUGUGUUUAUGGAUCUUAUUUUGUAAGAAAAAUUCGGUUUGGUUCCGCUCUCUUCUUUAUGAAUCUACC